AUUUGCUCCGUAACCACCAGGACGCGCCUUUGACAGUGAGGACUGCAGCGACUCGAAUUUACGGUCAAGUAUCAUAAACACCAACCGAAAUAACCGUGUGGGGCUCCCAUUCAGCAUUUCUCCUUAAUUGCAAAUGGAUCGUGGGUGCCAUCUCCAUGAACGGUACUUGACCGGUGACCGGUGGUUAAUGUAAACACGAUUCUCAGGUUGGAUGGAAUUGGACUUGGGCGCUGGAGGAACUCCGACAAUACCAGAGGAACUAAUCGAUAAGAUUCUCGAUCUUCUCUGGGAUGACCAAGAAGCACUGAAACAGUCCUGUCUCGCCUCUCGCUCCUUUGUACGUACUUGCCAGAAGCUCAUUUUUGAGUGCAUCUGGUUGGAGGAUAUACCGAGCGGUGGAUAUUUGAACGGUCAUCUACUCACAAUGGCGCAGCGACUUGGGCUUCUCCUAAGGUCAACGCCGCACCUUGCGCUCCUCAUCAACGGCCUCCACAUCGUUUCCGACUGUGGCAAUUGGCUCACAAGAGACAAGUCUUUACCAUUCGUUCUUCCGCUCCUCGUCAAUCUACGACGUUUUUAUAUCUCUAACGGCAAGAAGAACCCAGAUUAUAUCAUCAUACCAUACCUCCCAAAGGCUGUACAGGAAGCAUUGUUCGCUACGUGGCGGUCACCCAAACUGACACACAUCGGGAUGGGGUAUAUCGCUUUCGCAUCGUUCGAGGAUGUCCUCUCGGUAAUCUCACAAUCCAGUCACUCAGUACGCAACAUCGCUAUCUGCAUGGUCGAUGGCGAAGACAUGGAAUUUGACGGACAGUUCAAUGCCAAUCACGAUAGUGGCAUCAAUGGCCAACCAGUCAUUCCAGGACCAUCUAGUACUCGUGGUAUCGAUUCCUUGACAUUUACCCCAUGUGAGGACGAGCAUUCCGCACAAUUUUAUACAUGGCUGCUCAAUCCCAAGACAAAUUUUUCGUGGUCUUCGCUGCGCAAGUUGCACUUCCACAUCGGUGGACAAUAUACAUUUGAGGAAGAUCUCUCUCUCUUCCGUCACAUCCUCACGGCAAGCCCUUCGAUCGAAGAACUACAUAUUUCAAUGUAUAACUCGUUCGGGAAUGCCUGGACAAACUCUGGUCCACACGAACCAGUCGACAUUUCGUCCAUUCGGGUUCUUCAUUUGGUAGUUGACUUAAUCAAAUCAGAUCUUCCGAUCCUUGAAUGGUGGUGUGACAACCUCACCUCAGCCCUAGCUCUGGAAUCUUUCGAGAUAUACAAGGACGCCUCAGUCUACUCUCUUCCUGAAACUCCACUGGACUUGGUACUGGUAUGGAAGUGUCUGGACGAAAUACUGUCCUCCGCCGACCGAGAUAUCAAAUUGAAGAUCCGAUUAAUCCUACCAUAUAAUGGUAGCUUCUGCCUUUUUACGGACGAUUUAAGGCACUGUUUUCCGAGAAUGAGGGACAAAGGCCGAUUGGAGGUUGAUUGUGUGGAUAGAGUUGAAAGGCACAGACGGAUUGCAGGCCUAUACUGGCUAUGAGACCAUUCAAAGAUCAUGAUGGAUUCUCUGACCAUAUUUUAGUCGAUUCAGCGACGAGGGAAAAACAUAAUCUAGAAGACGUUGAAUUAGCUUUUGGGUGUUUGCGAGCCAAUUACUAGCUCCCCAUUUUAGCAGCAUUUCCACUACAGAUGUGCACGGACAUAUUACAUGUCUAAAGGUGGAGACGUCACUGCGAAUAUAGGGGAUUUUACAGAUGAAUCACUU